AUGCUGUCCAACCUCGCUCUGGCUUUGCCAUUGCUCUCGACGCUGGCCGCCGGCGUCUCUGGCGCCGCCAUUCGCACUCGCGGUAGCGGCGUCAACCCUGCUGACUUCAGCUCCGAAGGUCUCGUUGCCAUCGGUCAGUUCCCUCCCAGUCUGCGAGACAAGAACAACGAGACCAUCGGUGGUAUCGGCUCUGCUGGCGGUCUCGUCCCUGGACAGUAUUCUCGCAACGGCGAUGUCUACUCGGGCCAGAUCUACUUCCAGCCUGACCGUGGAUACAACGUCGAGACUACGAUCGACUAUGUCGCGCGUCACCACAGCUUCAAGUUCAGCUUCCAGGAGUACACGGGCUCGAGCAACCUCUCGUUCAACCAGGCCAUCAAGCUUUUCAAUCUCACCUAUCAAGACACGCUCUUCUACCACGAGGCCUCUGGAAAGAACACCACCGGUCUCGACCCUACCCUCGUGAGGACGGGCGGACUCAGCGGCACCAGCUCCAAGGAUGGCCCUCUCGGUGCAGCUAACGCUCCCAAUGGUCCUUCUUCGAUCUCCUUUGACGCCGAGGGCUUCUCAGCUAAUCCGGAUGGAACUUUCUGGGUCUCGGACGAGUACACUCCUGGCAUCUACAAGACCGCUGCCGACGGCACCAUCAUCGCCUACAUCACCCCUCCCGAGGCUGUCCUUCCUCGCAUCGGUGGCAAGUACAACUUCACCUCCAAGUCGACCCCCGACUCUGGUCGAGGCCCCAAUGCUGGCUUUGAGGGCAUGGCCGUCUCGUGGGACGGCAAUCAGCUGUUCGGCGUUUUGCAGUCGGCUCUGACGCAGGACGGUGGCGACGGCGCUCCCUACCUGCGUAUCUUCGAGUGGGACAUCUCGUCUCUGGCUAGCGUCACCAGCUACCAGGGUGGCGCCAACCCUGGCAACAACGUCUCGCUCAUCGCUGAGUACGCCUACAAGGUGCCCGUCUCGAGCAAGGGCAAGGCUCGCAACGUCAACGACCUCAUCUACCUCGGCCACAAGACCGUCGGCAUCCUUGUCCGUGAUGGCAACGGGUUCGGCAGCGACGAUUCGGGCGUAAAGUACAAGCACAUUGACAUCCUCGAUCUCUCCACUGGCACCAACUUUGCCAACACCAAGUACGACAACGCUACCGGCUCCAUCGCUCCCGGCGGAAAGCUGGUCAGCGGCAUCAACCUCGCUUCCUACAGCAGCCUUGUCGACUACACGAGCGACCUGGGCAAGUUUGGCAUGCACGGCUCGGGUGACCCAGUCGACCCUACCCUGCUGGCUGCCAAGAUGGAGAGCGUGGUGCUGCUCCCCACGCUGCCCAAGUCGAGCAGCGACAGCAGCUUUGACAAGGACGAGUACUACCUUGUUUCGGUCAGCGACAACGACUUCCAGACCAAGAAGGGCUACAUGAGGGCGACGGGCGACUACUCGGCCGCUUACCCGCAGGACGUGCCCACGCAGCUGUUUGUCUUCAAGGUCAAGCUGCCCGGUGUCAACAGGGACGACGUGAUGUCACGUCUUGGCCUUGCUUAG